GGGUGCCAUUGAUGGCCUGAAUAAGGAUAGAUCUGUGUGCCGAUGUGACACCCAGCUGUCCUCUCAGGUAGGGAGGGACAAUGGUACCAGAGCCGCCUGUCCAUGAAGAGCAUGUGAUGUGACGGAGGAUAUAAAAGGCUGUAAAUCAACAACAACACAACACACAGUUUCGAGGGACACCCAAUAUUCACCAAACCAGACCAGCCGCCAAGAUGAGAUUUCUGGUGCCGCUGUUCGUUUUCCUGGCUGUGCCAGCAUUUCAUUCUGGUAAGAAGCAAAAACUUGAAUGUUUGCAAACAGGUGGUAAAAGUUUGGCAUUUUUAGUUUUAGACUGCGCCUGUGUUGGAAAAAUCUGCAAACUGCAGCCUGAAUUGAUGUACGUCUGCUAACUUACAGCUCUCUCAGCGUCUAUUGAAUCAGCAGAGAAAGAGGAGGCAGUAGCAAAGCAUGGUGAGAGAAAAACAGUAUUAAUAAUCUUCAGAAAACUGUGACAACCACGCAAUAAUAAUUAGACACACACACGCCUGAAAGAGGGAAUAAUUUCACUCAUAUUUGUCAUUUAUUUUGAUGCAGAUGGGCUCACUAAACUGCAGGAAAUAGGUAAGCUACGAUGAACUGCUCUGAUGCAUUAUAUAUUUCAUGUAUCUUAUCCUCUGUUGGCUUUGAUCCAUCUGGCUGCAACAGUUUUAGCCUUUAGACCUGUUUCAUAAUGCUCUCUUUUUUUUCCUAAACCACCCACCUAACACUCUGAGAUGCUUCAUGUUUUAUGUUGAAUCUGUAUUUAUUCAUUUUUGAUGGUAAUUUUAACUCAAGUCUCCUUGUUGGGCUCGAUUGUAAUGAUUUGUCAUGUCCUCAGACCAGUUGGAGUUUGAGGCCGCUCAGAAGAAUGAGGCCGCUCAGCUGAACGGUAGGUUUAACCAGAGCCACAAACAAAUUCAUCUUUUGCUCUCUUUUUGUGAAAACCCAGAAGUCCAAAUAAAGUUUUGAUCUUUUCCUUUCAAGUCACAGAGGAGCAGAAGGAGGUCGCCCGCUACGGUAAGAAGAAUCUUAUGACCUUUCACCUCUUUCAAAGUCAAUAAUGUCAGAUCCAGGUGCAGUUUAUAUACCAAAAUUUCUUGUCUUUGCAUACAGAGGCUGCUCAGGAUGGAUCAGGUAAGUUAGUCCCAUUAUGAACACAUACGCUCACAUUCAGAGUUAUGUUAUAUUAAGAGUGUUUAAAGGGAUAUUCCGGCGUAAAAUUAAUUUAGGGUCAAACACACUGUAACACCGAGUUAGACACCCCCUCGAGAGAUAAAUGUUGCCAACCGCUUGCUUCUCUAGUUACACCAACUUUAGUAACGACCGCAGGAUAGCAAUACACAACGAUCUGAGGAGCCAUAAACAAACCUCAACCAAAAAGCCACUCUAUAGCCACAAAUAAAGCUCAGAACAGCACCUAACUAGCCAUAGCACUAGCCACCAAACAUCUUUUUAACGUUGCCUAAUUUCUUUAGCAAAGAGACUAAACACAACUCACCUACUUUCUUCCAGCAGCCGCUUGUUUGUAGCGAGACCUCGGGCCAGUUCAUUACGGACUGCUGCUCAGUCAAUGACGAACAUUUAUGAUCAUUUAUCAUUUUCUUGAAGUAAUAUAAAUCAUAUAUUUAUCAUAUUAAUAAUUUUACACUGCAGACGUGGUAGUUCUUCUGCCUUAGUGUCUCGGUCUGAUUGCAUUUCCAUGAAAUAAUUACCAUAAAUGUUCUUCCUUGAGCUGCGAAACUCCGCUGCAGUCCGUAAUGGACUGGCCUGAGGUCUGCGACAAACUAGCGGCUGCUGGAAGAGAGUAGGGGAGUUGUGUUUAGUCUCUUUGCUAAAGAAAUCAGGCAAAGUUAAAAAGAUUUUUGGUGGCUAGUGCUAUGGCUGGGACCCUGUAUGUACUGUUAAUGAAGUUAGGUGCUGUUCUGAGCAUUAUUUGUGGCUAUAGAGCGGCGUUUGGUUGAGGUUUGUUUAUGGCUCCUCAGACCGUUGUGUAUUGCUAUUUCGCGGUCGUUACUAAAGUUGGUAAAACUAGAGAAGCAAGCAGUCAGCGACAUUCAUCUCUCGUGGUGUUGUCGAACUUAAGUGUUAAGGUGUGUUUGAUCCUAAAUUAAUUUCACGCCGGAAUAUCCCUUUAACUGAAUCACCUUACUGUUCUCUACAGUGGAGGAGCGCGUGGAAGCUGAAAACGACAACACAGGUGUGUCAAAAAAAUCCCACCGCUCCUACCAGGCGAUGUGACCUCUCUGUAACUGAUAUUCAACAUUACAUAACUGUGAAAUCCUCCCCCAACAGGAGGGGGUGGGAACUCUGAUUCUGCUGCUGCACGUGGUGGUAAGAGAAGCUUUUCUGUUCCUGUAGUGACCUGAGGGUGGCGACAAAAGACAGAGUGGAAAAGUUUGAAAAGAAAGGGAUGUUUAAGUACACUGAUGUGUAAAAUUUGACAGUCUUGUGACCAGUUUUCUCCCUCUAAUCCACAGAAUCAUCAGAGUCCUCUGAGGAAGCAGAGGGUGAGUUUGUGACUGUUUAAUCUAGAGGGAUUAUUUCAGCAAAUUAAACUGUAAUCUCAGUUUGGUUUUUAGAUGCUGACAAUGUCUGUCUGUGAUUUUUGACAGGGAGACAAAGACGAGGUAAGUGCUGUAAAUCUACACUAAAGCACAAAAUAAAUAAUCCAAACUUAAAAUGAAGACAGAUGAUCACGAUUCCCCCCCUGAACCAGUUAUCCUCACAUUCAAUAACUUUUCACAAGUUCUGUUUUUCUUUUCUUUUUCAAUCAUUCCUCAAGAAUAUAAAUGUUGUAACAGUUCAUCCAGGCCAGGUUUAAAAAAAACUUUACUGUGCUCACUCUUUUGCCUAUUUUGUCUGUAUUUCUUAUCUUCUCAGAGCACCUUAAGACAGUGUCAGAGACUGUGUCAGAGACAGUGUCAGAGACUGUGAGCACCUCUGGUAAGAUAAAAAUAAUAAACCAAUAAAAACUGACUUUCCUCUUGAAUAUCACACUCUCAAGUAUUCACUGUAAUCCCUCCCUGUUCUCAUUUCUUCUCCACAGAUGAAGGAAGUCAUGAUUCAACCAAGGAGCAAGGUAGGAAAGAGUUUUAGGGAGCUGCACUAAAGUAAAAAUCUGAUGAAUUUUUACUGAAGUCAAAGUAAAACUAUUAAUCUAAAGGAGAAAGUACUUGAUUUAAAAUUACUCUGAGUUUCUGUGGGGGGAUUUGAAGUGCUUAUGAAAUAGAACAAAGUAAAGAAUAACUCCCCUCUAUGAGCUACAAAAGCAAACAAAUGUUGAAGUAUAACAAACAAAUCAAUAGUUCUGUUUUUCUUGCAGUUAUUGAACAUUUUUUGUUACACUUCAGGAUAAGACCUGAAGUAAUCCCCUAAAAAAUACUUCAGUAAGGAAAGAAGUACUUUAAAAUCCAGCCUACUCACAUAAGUACAACUCAAUUACAGUAGCCUGGGUUAAUGUUAUUAGUGACCACCCCUGCCACAGAGCGAGGUAAAAACUUCUCAAAUACUGCUCCCCACAAAUCCACACGUUAAAUUUACAUCUAUCUGUUUGUUUAACCAUAUCUGGAUAUCCGAGUUCACAGGCAGUCGUUAACAUUUUUUGAGGCAGACUCAAAGUACCUGCUGAGGCACGAUGUGGUGAACUGUUUUGAGCACACUGAGUGAAAGUCAAAUUGUAGGUUAUGCAAUGUAGUGCAAGAACACAGAGCCAGCCAGGGCCAGUCAGAGCUAGAUUUAAACCGAGAGAAAACCGUUUAUAGGUCAGGAUCGGCAAACAGUAAAAUAAGUAUAAUUACAAUUUACAACUUGCAGCUUGUUAAAGACUCAAGAGCAUUUUUUUUUCUCUCUCUGUUUUAUAACAUAAAAUUCCAAACAGCAGUUUUGCUCAAGACAUUUUUGAGUCGCCACAGAUCUGGAAAAACCUGUUUACUGCUUGACCUCAAAAAUAAGAUGCUGGAAUUGUUUAUCGGAGCACAGUCUUCCUCAUAUGUGAGUAAAUCUGGGACAAAAAUCCAGGCCACUCUGAGGCGUCUGUCCCACAGGUGCUUAUUGUGCUUGAUUUAUACUGUAUCAUCUGCUCUUGGUUAUUUUAGGAGCCAAGGAUGCGCUGUCCCUGCCCUAAAAGAUGCAGAAAAGUUCAGUUUUUAAAUUGAUCAAAUUUCUUAAGUUAAAGGUUGCUGGGGCAGAAAAAAGUAGUCUCUCUGAUUCUGAUUUUAUGUGCUGAGAGGGAAAGUCUCAUGUGGUACAGGAACAAGAGAAAUUUAUGGUGAGGCAGUAAUUCUUAAUCCUUCUGGGGGGAGAGUAUUCUAUUAUUUUGCUGCACAGCAGUAUCGUGCUGCUGCGCUCUGCAGUAGUCAUUCAUCACUACCUGCGCAUGAGGGGUGAGUCAUAUCAGAAAGCAUGAAGAGAGCUGUGAUUCAGAUAGUGGCUUCAGUUUGUCUGGAAAAAUACUGGAUUGUUGUUAACAAUGUAAAGCUAGUGUAAAGGAAUCCUGUUUGUCUCUGCAUCACAGAUGCACUGGAGUGAGGAACGCAGCAGCACGUGGAUCCAAGCGCUCCCUCAUCACCCGGUGCCUGAGCUGCACCGAGCUUACUACCAAUAAAGGGAACUAUUCUACUCAUCUGCAAAGCCUGUGUGCCUUUUCUGACUCAUGUUAUGUACCAUGACAGAGCUUCAUGAUGUGAUGAAUAGUAUUUGGGUUAUUUAAAAAGAUGCUUUCCUUCCAAAUAAGUAACAGAAACAAGAACACAUGUAUUUUCCCAUUUUUAUUUUUCAUUUGUUGUUUUUUUUUUUAUCCACAAGAGUGAAUCAGUAUGUUGAUGUGCAUUAAAAAACAAAACAAAAACUCCUUUCUUUGGUACCUAAGGGAAAAUAAAGCAAUUAAGGCAACUACAGCAUCUACAGCUCUGAAAUGCAUUUAGUACUGCAGCCAAAUGACCACACAUCAGUGGCAUGCAAUGUUUACAUCCACCCUCAUUCGAACAAGGCUAGAUCAGCUCAAACCAUCAGUUAGGUAACUUCCAGAUUAAAGGUUUCUGUUCCUCCCAAUUUACAACCGUAUUCGACUUCUCAGGGCCAAGUGAGAGAAGAAAACUAAAGCAACCCAAACAUCUAGACAGGUGCAAGUUUCACAGAAAAACCAAACUGGAAAGUAGCUGAUGAAAGGUUAGCCAGCAAAAAUGGGGCAGAAGCAGACCUAAAGCAUUUAAAGGGCCGAGUAUGACGCAAUCAAGUUUUGACAGGAGACUUAAGGUCUUGUUUGACAUUCUGCUGUUACAUUUAUCAAAUUCAAGUAAUUCUGUGCAGAUAUCUCUGCAUUAACCAAAAUCUGCAAGACUAUGGAGACUCAAAAAAUCUGGGUCACUGAUUUCAGAGUAGAGUUUUUGUCAGAAACGGACUGACUUCUCAUGCCAAUGAUAGUGUUUCAGUUAUCAAUUUGCAGGUAGACAUUCAGGGAGAACAGCUGGUCAGGAAAAACACCCCAAACCUGCCAAUACUCACAGUGUUAAGUCCUUUUUUGUUCCAUAACACCAGGGAGAGAAAAUGUAUAUCCCAGUUAAAAGGAUAAAAAAGGAAGCCAGAUGAAAACUAUUAAUUCAACAAAUACUUAGAAUUCAGGGGCAGGGGAAAUACACACAAACACACCAUAACCUUGUUUUUUUUUUUGUUUUUUUACCUAAAAAUACUCCUUUUGCAACUACCUUACUUUCAGCAUGUGCUAUGACUGAAGAGUUAUAUCUUGCAAAAGGGCUAAUACUGCAUUAUAGUUGUUCAUUUCCUUACUAACAUGUAAAAUAAAAAUUAAAACAGCA